UGUUUCCGCCAACAUGUCGUCCGCUGUGCUGUGUUCCCGAGUCCUUCAGAGAGCUGCACAUGGGUUCGUCUUCUCCUCCAGGGCUGUGCCCGCCUCCUCCAGCCCAUUUCUGUGUCGUGCUCAUAGACUGGGGCCCAGUGAUGAUGAGAUGUACCAACGCACCACAGUGUCGGUCAUGCAGAAGGAGCCGGGCAGUGGGAUCAUGAUCCAGAGCUACAGUUCCAGAGGGUUCAACAUCGAUGGUAAUCGAGUGUUUGGACCCUGUGCUGUGCUGCCUCCUGCAAUCCUGCAGUGGAACGUUGGCAGUCACAAAGACAUCACAGAGGAAAGUGUGUCGCUCUUCCACAUGCUUGAACCAAGAAUAGAGAUUCUUGUUCUGGGAACCGGCGCACGGCUUGAACGAAUCAACCCCUCAGUCCUCGCUCUACUCAAGAAGAAGGGCAUCGCUGUGGAGGUGCAAGAUACGCCAAACGCAUGUGCAACCUUCAACUUCCUGACCAGUGAGCGGAGAGUGGCUGCUGCUGGACUGAUCCCUCCACCUGUCAGCACUGCCCUGGAAUUAACACAGGAGUAAGUCCUGUGAUAUCCUUCAGUAUCAGAUGGUGCAGCCUGUGAGAUGGUUGUUCCUCUGCACAAAGCUCCAAAGGAGACAAACUGCCAUCUCCAUCUCUAUUGGUUGGUUGCAACAGUUAUUGUACAGAUUAAUAUGUUAAGAGCAGCCCCCUGUGUAUACAUGUGUAUAUAAUUGAGGACCCAAAUUCUGCAGAAUUAUGUCGAAAAUAUUAUUUGUAUAAAUGAUAUAUUUGAAGUGUCACAUUUAGCAA